CGAAUAUUCAAACUGUACCGGCGCAAAUUCGCUUUGGCGACGACGCGGACGACGACCCUCGGUACGACAACGACCAUAGCUGCUCUCUGGCGAUGGCUGUCGCCCAUGCGCCUGGCGGUCACCGCCUGCGCAUGCGGCAGACUGCGAUGCAUCGGCGUCCGUGCUUCGCCCCACAUGGACCCCAUGUACGCAGAGGAUCCGGUCUUGGAGACGGACGACGAGCACGACAUGGAAGACGACCAUGUCGCUGCGCGCAUGGCCCAUGAGACCGUUGAGGCGCUCUCUGAAAUGGGCUGUCGCCUUGUCUGCAUCGACUUUGAUGCGACAUUUGUCAAGGUGCACACCAACGGCGAGUGGUCUCAGUCGGCUGACGAACUCGCGCUCCAAGUCCGGGCGUACUUUCGGUACCUCUGCCCGCUCUUGACCGAGAAGAGCCAGCUGACCGUCGCGCUCGUGACCUUUUCGCCGCAGCGCGACCUCAUUGAAGCGGUCUUGCAGCUGUGUUUUGAGCCGUCUGUUGCCGAGAAGAUUGUCCUUCGCUGCAACGACAGUUCAUGGACGCUCCAGGCGUCGGACGCCGAGACGUUUACCGGUAUCGAUGCGCAUCAUCUGCAUCUCGACCGAAAAAACAAAGUGUCGUACGUCGUGUCGGCGGGCCUCGCCGCCUGCAAGUCCCAGCAGUCCGACCCCGCCAACUACUUCCUCCUGCACGAAGCCAUCAAGAGCGCCGACGUGCUCCUCAUCGACGACUGCCCAGACAAUGUCACAAUCGCCUCCCAGUGCGGCAUCCCGGGCCUCCAUUUUGAGCCGGCUUCGUUCCGAGAGCGACUGCUGGCGCUCGACAAGCAGCAGCCGUCGCGGCUGCGCCGGCAAAAGCUCGCAAAAGCACUCAGCCGGCGACUGCAACAGCCCGUGACGCUGCAAAUCGUGUGCGCGUCGCCGACCAAACCGACCAAGCCAACGGGCCGGACCCGCAUGGGCUUUUGCACGCCGUCGCCCGUGACAAAGCUCAAGGUCACGUCGCGCGUCGGCCGGCCGCGCUCGAAACGCUGCACGAAAUUUCGCAUUUUGCCCGAGCGCGUGGCCAUGAAGGACGAAGGCGCGUCCGACACGAGCUUCUCGCUGCCGUCCGUCUUGACGUGGAAUGCAGCCGAGGCAGAAUGAGAAUACUUGUGCAUAGAGUAUAGACCGAUAGAAGAAUACCAUGCUAGUCUAGUCCACCCAACCAAAUGGUUUUGUCACCAACUAUUGGGCGGGGUCCUGAGAGCACGUUGACCGCUAACCAUUG